CUUGACGAGGAGGCUGCAUUGCAGGCGACACUUGAAAAGCUAUGCAGUUCUGUCGAUUCAUUCAUGGAGAAACGUCCAGAUACACGACUUAAAGCUGUAAAAGCAGCUAUAUUGUGUCUUCGAUCGGCCUACAUAGGGUUAGAUGAAACCUGGGGCUAUUCAUCAACAUGCCUGAGUGGAAUUGAAUUUAUCCUCAAACGUGGUCGAACCGAAGAGCGAGCAUCAGCCGCUGAAUGCCUUGCCGUUCUUUGCACGCAGGUUGAUUCUAUAGAAUUACAAGAUUGGCUGGAAAAAAUACGCUAUCACCUUGAAGUUAUUUACCGAGAUGCCGGCGAACCCUAUGUCGUCAGGGGCUCUUGUGCUCUUGCUCUAUCCACUUUAUUAUUUUUUACUUUUGAUGGGAAUUAUGAUUUUCUAAAGGAAACAAUGAAUAAUCUAGAGCUCAUUUUCCGCGGGUCCUGUCCUAAGGGCGACGGUAAAGUCCCCUUUCUUUCUUCCGAGACAGUCCUAUUGCAUCUGAAUACUCUACAGGCCUGGACACUUAUAUACACUAUGCUUCCUAAACAUGACGCUAACAUAAUAGGUAAAAGUAGUUUGAUUACAUUGAUUGGUCUUAUCAAAUGCAGCAAUGUUGAUGUCCGUAUUUCCGCCGGUGAGUCCGUCGCAAUUAUUUAUGAAAGGAUUCGCGCGGAAACUGAUGUGAAAUAUCAAGGCACUCAUUUUCGUAACUUGUGUCAACUACUUAAUGAUCUUUCUACUGAUGGUGCUAAAAGUCGGUCCAAGGAGGACCGCAAAAAGCAGCGGCAUUCUUUUCGAGAGAUUGUCAAUUCGAUUGUACGUGACGAAGCUCCAGACACGACAGUCCGGUUCGGGAACCAAGAGACUUUGCAAAUCGAUACGUGGUGCAGCCACUUUUAUUAUAACUUGCUUUGUGACCUCCUGGGGGGUGGCUUGCCCAAUCAUCUGCGAGACAACAUUAUUCUUAGGCAAAUUUUUGACCUGGGUUCGCCACUCCCCCGCAUCGGACUACGCACUAAUAUUCGCGGCAGUCGCAAGGCUUCCAGAGCUCAGCGUAAUUAUGCAAAUCAGUUUGCAUUCAAGAUGCGUACACAGAUUUUAAGUUCAAAGAGAGAUAAACGCUCAAAUAUUAUUGUGGACGAAGAUGGUGCAUUAUGA